CUCUAGUCACGGGUAACUUUUAAUAUGGCGAUGGCUCCCACUGUGAAGUCGAGGAUGUUGGAAAUAGAGGCCGAUUUAAUUGAAGAAGUUAAGAAAAAACCAUAUUUAUGGGACAUAAAGCACCCAUAUUACACAAAAAAAACCCUAAAAAAAGUCGGCUAUGAAGAAAUAGCAGAAAAUAUGAAAGAAAGAUGGCCGGAAUAUGCAGGAAAAUUUCAGUACGACUUGAUGCUUGCAAAAUUUAAAAAUCUGAGAAGCCAGUAUAGGAGGGAGCGGAAAAGAAUGCUCACGUUUAAAAGUGGCAGUGGAGGACAGGGUUUCGUUCCGAAAUGGGAGCAUUUCCAACGCCUGUCCUUCUUGGAUGAUGGCACGAUGGCAGAAGACAGUUGCUCCAAUUUGGAUAAUUCUUUCUCCUCAAAUAUCAUACAUGAUGAAGUAAAAGAGGAGGAAGAAUGUACAGAGCAGCCCUCUCCUGCCAUUAGCCAAAAUUUCAUUUUUAGCGAGUCACUUCUAGAUGUGAGUGAGCCCUCUCCUUCUCCUUCAACAAGCACCAAGCCAGCUGAAAGGAAGAAGGGCAAAAGGGAGGACAGUGACAUACAGGACUUCCUAUCCACUGCUUCUGCUGCACUUUUAAAAGUGCAGGAAACAGAAAAUAACACAGAAGUUCUGUUUGGCAAGUAUGUCGCUUCCUCCCUUUUAGAUAUUUCCAAUUUGUGGAAAAGAGAACUACUGAAAAUGAAAAUACAAAAAUUGAUUUUUAAAGCAAAAUUUUCGUAGCCGAGGUGGUUUUUUUUUUUUUUUUUUUUUUUUUUUUUGUGUAAUUUAAAAUAUGGUUUUUUUUUUUCUUUAUAAAAUAAAAUUGGCUUCUAUUUCUGUUUUAUGCUAUUCUGUAAAUUUAUUUUGCGCAUAAUAAUUAUGUAAAUAUUUAUUUAAACAUGAUUAUAAUACACAUUACAUUAAGAGAAAAAUGUGCGUCCAAUGAGAAAUUUUAUUGCAUUUCAUGUUUUUAUGUUAGGAAUAUAAAAUAUUCAUAGUCACUAAUAAUAUUUGAUAAGCAUUUCGAUUAGAUAAAUUCAAUAAACAGCAAAAACUGAAA